AUGACCGCCAACCUCGCCUCCCGUCCCCUCGCCCGCCUCCCGCCCGAGGUCAACCGCACGCUGUACGUCCGUAACCUCCCCUUCAACGUCAGCAGCGAGGACAUGCACGAGAUAUUCGGUAAAUACGGCGCCCUGCGACAGAUUCGCCUCGGGACGACCAAGGCGACCAAGGGCACCGCCUACGUCGUCUACGAGGACAUCCACGACGCCAAGCAGGCGUGCGAGCACCUCAGCGGAUUCAACGUCGCGAACCGCUACCUGAUCGUGCUGUAUCACCAGAGCGGAAAGGCGACGCAGAGCGUCGAGCGACGCGCGGCGGAGACGGCGCGUCUGCAGCGCGAGCACGGCGUCUCGGGAACGCAAACCUGA